CCUCCACUGUCCAGUGGUACCAUUGUCCUCACUGACUUCGUGAGAUCAACACACUUGUCUCUAUUGCAGGAUCUGGACAAGAUGCAUUCAGUGGUGGUCGUCGUUAUAUUGGCUGUGGUACAGUUUCUUGGACUUGAUGCUGUGUAUGUAGAUAUUAGGGAAUACAGGGGUUAUGUACAGCGGAGGCAUAACUUCUACAGGUCUCAGGAAGGUGCUGCGGACAUGAAGUACAUGUCAUAUGACCUGUCUCUAGAGAGGGCCGCACAAAGAUGGGCGGACAGGUGCGUGUUUGAACAUCAAAUGCGAGGAUAUGGGGAAAACCUAGCAUUUUUCUCCAGCACUGGGCCCACCCCAUUCCGUGGCUACGUUAUCGAAGAAUCCAUGCGACAAUGGUAUAACGAGCGCCCUCUAUAUAGGUUCGGCAGCGCCUCUUGUGGAGCAGCUUGCCAUUACACCCAGAUGGUUUGGGCCCGGACCUCCAGACUUGGUUGUGCCAUGAGUUACUGUAACGCCCUGUCCGACGGUAGAGGGCGCGUCUAUCGUAACGCUCAGUACUUUGUCUGCUUCUACUCACCCCAGGGUAACUACAUAGGACAGGCUCCUUACACCCCUGGCCCUGCGUGCUCGAGGUGUCCUCCAGGAAACAGCUGUUUUCAGGGACUUUGCUACGGUCCUGAUUUCAGAGGUCGAAGAAGGAGAAGUGUCGCAGCCACCUAUAAAUCCACCAUGACAAAAUCAGAUGUCUGACAAUCCUAACCAUGUAUGUGAUAUCGGGUCUCAAAAGGAUGGUGCUGCUUAAUAAACAGUAUAUAUAUCUGAAAUAAACGCCAC